AUGCAGCAGUGCAGCUAUGUGCUGGGGUGGAUGGCCUUCCUCCUCCACGCCUACCAGACCAGUGGAGAGGGCCAGGAGGCCUGUGUCUUCCCCUUCACCUACAAGGGCACCACCUUCUUUACCUGCAUCCAGAUCAACAGCUUCUUCCCAUGGUGCGCAACCAGGGCGGUGUAUGAUGGCAGGUGGAAGUACUGCAAGGUGGAAGAUUACCCGCGCUGCAUCUUCCCCUUCGUCUUCCGCGGGAGGCCUUACGAAAGCUGCACACUGGAAGGGAGCCUGGUGCGGCGGGCCUGGUGCUCCGUCACCUCCAGCUUCGACCAGAAGCGCCAGUGGAAGUACUGCGAGACUAACGAGUACGGCGGCAACUCCUUCAGCAAGCCGUGCAUCUUCCCCUCCACCUACAGAAACAGCGUGGUCUCCGAGUGCAUCGAGGACGAGGACAGCAAGCUGUGGUGCCCCACCACGGAGAACAUGGACAGGGACGGCAAGUGGAGCGUCUGCGCCGACACCAGAAUUUCUGCCUUGUCACCGGGCUUCCCCUGCCACUUCCCGUUCAACUAUAAAAACAAGAAUUAUUUUAACUGCACCAAGAUAGGGUCAAAACAGAAGCGCUUGUGGUGUGCAACAUCUUACAACUAUGACCAGGACCACACGUGGGUGUACUGCUGA